AUGGCACCCGUCAAACCCUUCUGGUCCCAACCCUCCCACCCACACAUCCAAGAAGUAAUCUACGGCGAGGACGAAAACGGAUAUACCACGAAAUCCAUUUCUAGAGUUUCUCUACCGCCGUACGCUGUGUUUGCAAAAAUGGAAUUUCCCCCAUGUACGUCUGCCCCUGAGGCUACUUAUGCAACAGUCCAGACAGAUACCAACACGCAUUUAAACCUCAAUUCGGAUUUAUUGUAUAUAAACCAUUCCUGUGAACCCUCUCUCAUCUUCGACGUACAAAACCAGCACAUCCUAACCUCUCACACGGGCCUCCAACCCGGCCAAGAACUAACCUUCUUCUACCCCUCCACCGAAUGGAAGAUGUCUCAAUCUUUUUCCUGUAACUGCGGGACUGCUUCUUGCGUGGGAGAGAUCAGUGGCGCGGGACAGAUGAGCGCGAGUGCGCUGGAGGGAAAAUGGUUGAGUGCGCAUAUUCGGAGGGCGUUGGAGGAGAGGGGCGAUGGGAAUGUGGUGAAGAAUGGGGGGAGGGGGGUUAAUGGGGAGAAUGUGAAUGGGGUUAAUGGUGGGAAGUUAAAUGGGGGGAUUGAUGGACAGGGAGAGAUCAACGGGCGCAGAGGUGUGACGAGUAGGGAGAUGAGCGGGGAGAUGGGUGGAGAUACUUUGUAG